AUGGUAAUUUCAAAGACGAUGGCAACAUUAGGCUCACCUCCAUCACCGCCACCACCAGGUCCCACUGCAUCGCCGCCACCAGUCCCUGUAGAGCAGAAGAAACCUGGGCCAAAACCUUGGGCAACACCCGAGCAGUGGACAUUUCUAGAGGGGGGAGUGCCUGAAUAUCAUACCGCCCAGUCAGCCAAAGGGAAGAAUGCGGCAAUUGCUAGUUUCAUAAAAGACUUUAUGCCCAGAUUUUGGCUUGAGUUUCCGCUGGAGGGUGCCAGAUCUAAGGAUGGUGAUAUCAAGCGCAUGAGAGAAUGGUUUCAAAACCACAGGUCUGCCAAAAAGGUCGAGAAUGCUGCUCGCAUUGCUGGCAUCUUUGUGAAGCCCAGGACUCGUGCGUUAAAGGCGGAAGAGGUGUAUUCAUGCAAUUACUAUGUUGAUCGCAUCAAACCGCUGGUGGAUCAGAGGAAAGUUGGUAUUAGCAGUCGAGGCGAGGUACUUAAAUUGAUUAAAGAUACGACCAAAGAGGUGUUUGAGGUGGAGAGCGAGGUGGUUCAGAACCAGGUGUUGGAAUGGACAAAGGAGCAGGUUCCGUUGUCAGUCAUGGAGGAUGGUCCCAUCACUCCGGAAAUUGCAAUUGCUGCAGUUCCCGAUCAAAUAAAGACUUUUAUGGCGGCACUCUCUAAAGUGACAGGGUGCGCAAUGAUGAUGAUAUUUGGAGGACCCGACCCUUGGGAAAAUGGCAAGAUCUCAACAUAUGGUUUUCAUGCAGGAGAAGAUGAGCAUGGAAGAACCUUUGGCCAGGUCUUUCCUAAGUUCAAGGAGACAUAUCUAACGCCAUUUACAAGGUUCCUUCAGCAGCCACGGAUGUCCAUUUGGCCUGAGCUCUUCGAACAUGAUGGCGACUUGGUGGGUCCAUCUCAGUCAGUCAAGGAUGCUGUAGAUGUUGAGAUGGAUGUUGGGGAGACUGGGCAGCAAAAGCUAGAUGAAGAGAAGAUCAUGGAGAAUGCAGAACCAGAUGACAACAUCGACAAAGAGAGCCAUGAUACCGGUAAUAAUGUUGACGUCAGUGUCCCAGCUGGCAAAGAACUCGGUGCUUCCGAUUCACUGCUUUCACCAUUGCCAUUGUCACCUGUACCAUCUGCUGAAGUUGAGGCCCAGCCUCCUUCACAAGUUACGAUGCCCAAUCCUCACAUCAAUGGAGACGACUCUCACCAAGCCAGUGAGGAGGAGAAAAUCAAAGAAGAAAACCGUGCUUGCUCUGCAGAACCGCUAGAUGAAGUUCCCUCAGACAAACAGCCAUCAGAGACAAGGACAUCGGAAUCUGCCACCGCUGCUUCUAUUUGGACUGAACUCGAAGAACCCCAGCCAACUGGCACGAAAACUCAUAAGCGCCAAGGCACCCAGGUUGAGGAUGGUCUUACAGCGACAUGGGCCAAAAGGGUUCGUUCAGGCCUGGCGCCAAAGGAAAUUCUUAUGCUUGCUGAGUGUGCAGAGCUUGAGGGAGGGACAAUAGCUGUACCCAAGGUUCCUAAACGUAGAGUCAGGAAGACGUAG